UAACAGUGAAGAAGAGUAUCGAGGGCAGACAAGACCACUCAGGCUCUGAGGGCUGUUAUUAAACAUUUUCGCGCUGACACACACAUUUGAAGAGAACUGCUGCCAACUGCACUGAAACACCAAAGCUGAAGAGAAAAUGGACAGCAUUAGCAAUGAAAAAUAUUUCUCUGUGUCGAAUGAAAACGAUGAAGAUUUAGACCUUGACGUCUGGAUACCUCCGGAUGCUGAUCUGCUACAAAAGAUGGUCUCUCAGAUUGAGUAUUAUCUCUCUGAUGAGAAUCUGGCCAAGGAUGCUUUCCUUUUAAAGCAUGUCCGAAGAAAUAAGAUGGGUUACGUCAAUAUCAAGUUGCUGACCUCUUUUAAAAAGAUGAAGCAGCUCACAAAAGACUGGCGGGUUACAGCCUACGCCCUCCGCCAUUCUGUAAAACUAGAGGUGAACGAAGAGGGAAAUAAAGUGCGCAGAAUAGAACCGGUGCCCGAGUCUGUCCUCUUUCAGGUACCAAGCAGACUGCUGCUGGUCUGGAACGUCACAGAAUCAAAUCUGACCGAGGACAUGGCACAUGACCCAUCAACACCUCGCAAGAGCACCAUGGAAACUGCUAUUGCAAUUCUGGAGCCAUUUGGCACCAUCACCAUGGCUCGGGUCAACAGACCUGGCAGAGAGCUUCUUCCCGAGCUUCAGAAAUACAGCUACAGAUACCCAGAGCUGUUCACUAAGGAGAGCGUAUUAGUGGAAUAUGAAGAUCUGGAAGGAGCUGGACGUGCUUACCACCAACUCUCACAGUCUGAAGGUAACAUGAGAGUACUCCUGGUGGGGAAAGCUUCCAAAAAGAAAGCUGUGGAUGUGGGUUUGGAGGACAGAAGUAACGGGAAGGGGAUCUCCAUCCUGAACCAGCGCAUGUUACAGCUUCAGACUUGUGGUGAAGACUCCUCAGCAUGCAGCUCCUCAGAAUCCGAGUUCGCUUGUUCAUCGCCUCUAAGCAUCCCUCGCGUUUUCUCCGGCCAGGUGUGUAGCAGCCCCUUAAACAGCCCACGUUCCAGCCCUAGAUGUGUCCGUGCACCCCUUCCAGGCCCUCGCAUUUCUCCACUCUUAGCCUCAGAAGUCUGGGGCAGUCCAGAAACAAGUCCAGAACUGCGAGAGAAACGCAAGUUGUGCACCAACCAAAACAGACACUGUCAGACGAGUGAAAAAAGGCUACUAAAUGGAGAGGCGGCGCCUCCCGGAGUCCUACGCCUGCCUUAUGGUCCUGAUGGGAGUAAAGGUUUUCAUGCGAUCAUAGUUAGAAGACGACUUCAUUACUCAUUUAAAGUAUAAGUAAGCAGUUAUUUCGUCGCUGUUUGUCAUUUGACUUUCUGACUUCUAAAUGUAAAUGUAUGUAAUGCUUCUGUUCUUGUAGCUUAAUAAACAAUUCAUCUUUUA